AUGUCCUCCUCUCUCCCCGGCAAUCGGGAACUCCCCCGAUCUCAAUAUGACCUGAACACAUAUUGGGGUCGUGUGCGUGAGUCUGCUGGCAUUUCUGAUCCUCGAAUGCUCUUCAUCUCAUCCGCCUGCCUAGAAAAUUCAAAGAAAUUAAUCAUCUCGUACAAAAAUGGCCAUACGAAGGAAAUGUCUCCUGAGCUAUGGCGCGCAAAGCAGAUUGUCGAUUCGACGCUGCAUCCUGACACCGGCAAACCGGUCUUUCUUCCCUUCCGAAUGUCUUCAUUCGUCCUUUCGAAUCUCGUCGUUACAGCCGGCAUGCUCACGCCCGGCCUUCAGACAACAGGCACUCUCCUCUGGCAAAUAGCCAACCAAUCGCUCAACGUAGCCAUCAACUCUUCUAACGCCAACAAAUCCACGCCCCUCACAACCUCCAUGCUCGUAAAAUCCUACCUCCUCGCCGUCUCCGCCUCCUGCUCUGUCGCCCUGGGUCUAAACGCCGUUGUGCCCAGGCUAAAAAACAUCUCACCAAACACAAAACUCAUCCUCAGCCGUUUGGUCCCCUUUGCAGCCGUCUCAAGCGCUACGGCGCUUAACGUGCUGCUCAUGCGCAGCGAGGAGAUUCGUCGCGGUAUAGACGUCUACCCAGUCCUGAGCGAGGAAGAGAAACUCGCCGGCGCACCCGUCGAGAGUCUUGGAAAGAGCAAAAUCGCCGCUAAAAUCGCCGUCGGCGAAACGGCCAUCAGCCGCGUUCUCAACGCAACACCCAUCAUGGUCCUGCCCCCUCUGAUCUUGGUACGCCUCGAGAAAAUGGAUUGGCUAAAACAGCGCCCUCGGUUGGUGCUCCCCAUUAACUUGGGGCUGAUUUUGACAACAUCCAUAUUUGCGUUGCCGUUGGCGCUGGGCGCGUUUCCGUCUAGACAGGCUAUUAGUGUGAAGAGUUUGGAAGAAGAGUUUUGGGAUAAGGGGGGCCGGGAAGGUAAGGUUGAGUUUAAUCGGGGGAUGUAA